AAGCACGAGAUCAGUGAUCCGAGUGCUCUCGAUCGAGACAGACAUCACAAACGUAUCAGGAUUGUAGCAAAUAUGGAACGUUGGGCUGGUAAGGUGGCCGUUAUAACCGGAGCAAGUUCUGGCAUUGGUGCAGCUAUUGCAAAACAGUUGGCCAAUGCCGGUAUGGUAGUAAUCGGUUUGGCUCGCCGAGUUGAACGUGUUGAAGAACUUAAGAAGCAUCUACCGGUUGAGGCUGCUUCGAGAUUGCAUGCGCUGAAGUGCGACGUAUCGAAAGAAGAAUCAGUUUCUAGUGCCUUUGAAGAGAUCCAACGGAAAUUUUCCGGAGUAGACGUGUUGGUUAACAAUGCAGGAAUAGUUAAGCAUACUUUGCUACUAUGCGAUGAUGAUUUCCAACAAUUAAGAGAUCUUAUGGAUACUAAUGUGAUGGGACUAGCUCUAUGUAGUCGUAAAGCAUUCAAAUCGAUGAAAGAACGAUGCGUUGCCGGACAUAUAAUACAUAUUAAUAGCGUCGCUGGACAUACGGUUUCCAACUUUCCUCAUAUGAAUAUGUAUGCGGCGAGCAAACAUGCAGUAACAGCCAUCACUGAAACGAUGCGAAAUGAAAUGCGAGAGCUUGGCUCCAAAGUCAAAGUGACCAGUAUUAGUCCCGGAGUGGUAAAAACUGAGAUAGUGAGAGGGCUGCAUAGUUCUGAAGAGUUCCCUAUGUUGGAAAGCGAAGACAUUGCCCAAGCUGUUUUAUAUGUCCUGGGAACUCCCCCUCACGUGCAGGUUCACGAGCUUAUCAUAAAACCAGUGGGAGAAAAUUUUUAAAUUUUAAUGAUUCGAUGGAUGGCACAUACUAGUACACUUAGUUGUUAUUUCCUCAAUAUAUCUUAUAGAAGGAGGUUAAAGCUUUCCAUAAAGUGUCAUUAAAUACUUCACAUAAUUUUGAGAAAGAAAAUCUGAAAAAAUCCUCA